AUGUUAGUACCUGUUAGUUUAUGCAUUGGUACCUUAAUAAUCAUAUGCAUAACUCACUGGGUUUAUAGAUGGAGAAACCCCAGAUGCAAUGGGAAACUUCCUCCCGGUUCUAUGGGUUUCCCAUUUAUUGGCGAAACUCAUCGGUUUUUUACACCAACUACUUCGUCUGAUAUUCCUCCUUUCAUGAAAGAAAGAAUGGAAAGAUAUGGUCCCGUUUUCAAAACUAGUUUGGUUCGACAAUCUUUCAUCGUAUCAACAGAUCGUGAAGUCAAUCACAUGAUCAUGUCCCAUCAAGAAGGCCAAUCAUUUGAAUUUUGGUAUCCUGAAACUGUUAAAACAAUAUUAGGGCAAGCAAGUUUAUUGACAUUAAAUGGGUCGAUUCAUAGGUACAUAUGGAACAUGGUUUUGAGUCUUGUUGGUCCCGAAAGUCUGAAACAAAAGCUGCUCCCUCAUAUAGUACAUGGGGUAAAAAGAAAUCUGUUGCUGUGGGGGAAUCAGGAUACAGUAGAUUUGAAAGAAGCCGUAUCGAAGAUGAUAUUUGAACUGACCGCAAGGAAACUCAUCAGCUACGAAUAUGAUCCAACCAAGCCCUCAGAGAACCUAAGAGAAUGUUUUGCUGCAUUCAAUGAAGGAUUGAUUUCUUUCCCACUCGACAUUCCUGGGACGGCGUACCACAAAUGCUUACAGGGUCGCAAGCACGCAAUGAAGAUCCUGAAAGCUAUGCUACAAGAGAGACGAAAAAUACCUAAAAGUUGUCCAGAAGAUUUCUUUGAUCAUGUCCUGGAUGAAUUGAAGAAUGAAGGAACAAAGCUAACCGAAGCAAUUGGAUUAGACUUGAUGUUUUUGCUUCUCUUUGCCAGCUUAAAGACAACUUCUAUAUCAACAACUUUUGCCAAUAAGUUACUUACAGAGAACCCUGCAGUGUUGGAAGAAUUAACGGAAGAAAAACAUGAUGCAAUCAUCCGUAGUAGAAAAAACGAAGAUGCACAACUCACAUGGAAAGAAUACAAAUCAACGAAAUUCACAAUUAAGGUUAUUAAUGAGUCAGUGAGACUGGCAAAUAUUGUUCCUGGAGUUUUCAGAAAAGCAUUGAAAGAUGUACAUAUAAAGGGAUACACAAUACCAGCAGGGUGGGCUGUCAUGCUAUGCAUUCCGUCAGUGCAUCUGAAUCCUUCCGAGUACAAAGAUCCCCUUGAAUUCAAUCCACAUAGAUGGGAUGGUGUGGAGUUAAAUGGAGGAACAAAAGAUUUCAUGGCUUUUGGAGCUGGUCAGAGAUUUUGUGUUGGAACAGACUUUGCUAAGCUUCAGAUGGCUGUUUUCCUUCAUUUCUUGGUUACGAAAUACAAGUGGAAAACAAUCAAAGGAGGAGAUAUUACCCGGAUUCCUGGUGUAACAUUUCCAAAUGGUUUUCACAUUAAAAUCUCAGAAAAGAAUACCUGAAAUUAUGUACGGGUUAUUCGUUGAUGCAGUUCAGAGACUGUGCCCA